UCGAGAUCCUCCGCUCCUCCUCAGCUCAACACACGCAUCCAUUGUACACAACCGGGCAGGCGGCUCACGCACACACACGCACACACCCGCACACACCCACUCACACACAUAUGCACAUGCAGACGCAGACGCACACUCGCGCGCAGCAUCGAUCGUGGCUCCUUUAAGAAAAGCCUAAGCCAGAAUUAUCACCCCACCUCCUCUUGAUCUGCUCUAGACGCGUUUGCAUAAGAAAAUCCAGCCGGGAGCCGGGAGUGAUCAAAGCGAGCGAGAGGAGCGCUGCUCGGGGUUCGAACUGUGACUGUGGCCAUUAACACUGAGCCGGUGCCGAGCCCGUGGAGACGCGCGGCGGACCAUCACUCAUCCGGUACUUUUGACAAGCCCUCGCGCUUUGACUGACAGGCGGAGGGGCCGAACGCCAUGAGAGUCUCCGCCGCGCUGUGAGGGGGCUUCUUGUUUCCACCCGGGCUUUUGGGACACGGAGUCUGGCGCCGCUGCCCACGAGCACGGCCGAGGAGCUACGCGCCGCGCCCGGGAUCAACUUGCGCAGAAAAGCGCGGACUGGCUUCUUCAGCGUGGAGACACGAAGGCGCACGGGAUUUUUGUUCUGACGCCGCUUCUUCCCAUUUGUUUGGAUUUUCUUUCUGCAGCUCGUCUCCAUCCUGGCCGCGGAGGGGAUUUAUCUCCAGUGAAAGCAGGACCAGGGAGUGAGGAGGGUUAUGGCGCAACGGUACGAAGACUUGCCCCACUACGCGAUGGACGGGGUGGGCAUCCCGACCACCAUGUACGGGGACCCGCACGGAGCCCGGUCCAUGCAGGCGGUGCACCUCAACCACGGGCCCCAGCUGCACUCCCACCAGUACCCGCACAGCGCCCACACCAACUCCAUGCCCCCCAGCAUGGGCUCCUCCGUUAACGACGCUCUCAAGAGAGAUAAAGACGCUAUAUACGGGCACCCCCUGUUCCCCUUGCUUGCACUGAUUUUUGAGAAAUGUGAAUUAGCGACGUGCACCCCCAGAGAGCCCGGGGUGGCGGGAGGAGACGUCUGCUCAUCGGAAUCCUUCAAUGAAGACAUAGCAGUGUUUGCAAAACAGAUUCGGGCAGAAAAACCUUUAUUUUCAUCAAAUCCAGAAUUGGAUAAUCUGAUGAUUCAAGCCAUCCAAGUUUUACGAUUUCAUCUUCUGGAGCUGGAGAAGGUACACGAGCUGUGUGAUAACUUCUGUCACCGGUACAUCAGCUGCUUGAAAGGAAAGAUGCCCAUCGACCUGGUCAUCGACGACAGGGAGGGGGGGUCCAAGUCAGACAACGAGGAAAUCACGAGAUCAUCGGUGGCCCUGGAUCAG